GAGUCCGGACUCGGAUUUAGUACUGCUCUGGCUUUAGCAAAGUGAGGUUGUAGUCGCGUCUGUUUGUGAAAUGCACUCGAUGAACGACCCCACGUCGGCCCUCGCGGGGAUGCUGCCCUUUGAGUCCAUCGGACUGUAUGAGCAGCCCAAGCCCAGGUUCAUUUUCAAGAUGCCCCGGGUGGUGCCCGACCAAAAGAGCAAAUUCGAGUCCGACGAGCUCUUCAGGAGGCUGAGCAGGGAGAGUGAGGUGCGGUACACCGGCUACCGGGACCGGCCUCAGGAGGAGCGCCAGGUGCGCUUCCAGAACGCCUGCAGGGAAGGACACACGGAGAUCGCCUUCGCAGCCACCGGCACCAACCUACAGUUAGUUUUCACACCGCCUACCACCGGAUAUAUGCCCGAUAAGGAGUGCGAUUUUGACAAAGAACCAGGCAAGGUGCACAUCAAGUCCUCGUUCAUCAUGAACGGCGUCUGCGUGAGAUGGCGGGGUUGGCUGGACCUGGAGCGCCUCGACGGCGUCGGCUGCCUGGAGUACUGCGAGGAGCGGGCCGCUCAGGAGGACGCCCUCCUGCGGGAGCAGAUCGAGAGGUACAACCAGAGGCUGCGGGAGUUCGAGGACAAGCAGAGGGGGUACAGGCAGCAGGACCGGCCUGAGCAAGACCUAGAGUUGCGGAUGUCGACCAAUCUGCACGGACACCACGGCCACCAUGGGCCCGUCUCUGCCCGCUGCCACGGCCCGCCGAGGAGCGAGCGCCGAAUGACUUAACUGCUAGGAGCCAAGACCUGAUGUCGUUCUUGUGAUAUUAAUUUAAACGUUAGUGUUAUUCGUGUAUACGACACCCCCAACCCUCCCUCCUAAUUUGCCCCAAUUUCCAACAUAUCUCGAUAAAAUCCGUUCCGAAUUACGUGAAUUAUGUACGCUGUGUCCAUAUAACCAAGCAGAAAAUAAAAAGCAGUGUCUCUCGAUGAAA